AUGAGAUUAACUCUCAUUUUUACCCUUUCCUUAGCCUUUGCCCAGUCUUCCUUAAAAGAAUGCCAAGCAGAGUGGGCAAAGAUUUUUGAGGGAGCUGAGGACAUUCUAAGCCAAAAUCCCUCUGAUUAUACCAAGAUGUUCUUGUACUCUGGGUUUAUGAUCAAUAACCUUGGUCAAUACGAUCCAUGUACAGACAUCUCAAAUGCCAAGUUUACCAUUAUCCAGUUUGGAAUUUACCCAGUUCUUGUAGUUGCUUUAUGUGGCCCGAAAGUGUGUACAGAGGAAGAUUACUAUCACCUUUUGACUAACAUUACUUCACCAGUCCCUUUGUCAGGCAUGAUCAGAAAAAAUAAUCCGAAAUUGGCACCUUAUCUUAAAGAUUUACUCCUUCAAAAUUAGAAGAUUAAUUAUAUAUUGCAAAAUUAUUUAUCUAAAGAAAAAAAUCUAAUUUAAUUUUAGUUUCAGAAUAAAAACUCUCCAAAAUUUAAUAGAAUUAGCUAUAGAUUUUCAAAUAAAAACUUGUUGUAUUAAAAUCGUUUAUAAUAUAAAAAAAAAUUAGCAAAAACAUGUUUAUUUUGCAAUGAAAGAUUUAAAAAAGUUAUCUCAAGUGUUUUAGAUUUGAAAAAAAUUGAAUUAAAUAAUGAAGAAUUAUUUAACAUUUUAUAUUGGAUUAUUUAAAAAGAUUGAAUUUUUUUAAAAAAUUUACUCAAUAUAGCGAUAUCAUUUUUACGUAUUAUAAAUGAGAAGCAAGUGUUUUUUAACUAAUUAAAUUAAACUAAUAUAAUUUUUUCUCUUAUUCUCGCGGAGGGUUGUUUCUUAUUUUUUAUUUGCCUACAGGAAAGUUAGAAGAAAUAAAAGCCCAGAGCUUUGCUCCUCCAGUCGUUUUUCCUAAAGAGUAUUAUGAUGACAACUUUAAAGACUAUAAAGCAGGCCCAAUUUUGAUGAUAAUUUUCAUCUCAAUAAUAUCAGCCAUUUGCUUAAUUGCUACUAUUACAGACUAUCUUAUUUCUUCAUCACCGCCGAGUUCGAGCUUAUCAAAAGAAGACCCCAAGCCUCGAGAAAGUUCCCUAUUUAUUAAAUAUCUCCUCUGUUUCUCCAUCAUUACUAAUUUAAAAAAGCUAUUUAUAAGCAGAAGCCAAGAAAGACUAGGCAAAAAAGAUUCUCUUGACAUACUAAACAGCUGCCGUGUGCUCUCUAUAGGUUGGGUUGUCCUUGGCCACGUCCUUUUUAUGCUGUGGUCAGAAGCAAUAGUUUCGAACCCGGAUCGGAUUUUGACUCAAAUUUCUGGCUCAGAUAUGAUUCUUCCUAUCAGCGGAGAAGUUUCUGUUGACACCUUUUUCUGACUUUCUGGGUUUUUGGUGGGGUAUCUGCUAAUAAUAGAGAUCAAUUCUGCUAACUCCCCCUCUAUGAGUGAGCAAAGUCAAUGGAAAACCCCCUUUUUUUGGAAAAUCACCUUGUGAAAACAUCAAAAAAUAUUUUGAUAAAUAAUUGAUAAUUAUUAUAAUGAAGUCCCUAACUAAAUCUAUUUAAUUUUAAAAUAAAUUUUAUAAUUUAAAUUAAUUCUUUUUGAAAAAGAAAAAUUUAAAUUUUUAAAUUCAAAAAAUUAAUCCCUUCUUGAUCCCGGGGAGUAAGAAAAUGAACUGGAUAAUGGUUUACGCUCACAGAUACUUAAGACUUACACCUUUGCUAUUAUUUGUAAUCUUGUUCUUCUGGGCUCUUCAAAAGCACAUAGGAAAUGGCCCAAUGUGGUAUACAGGAGACAUUAUUAAUUUUCAAUGCAAAGAUUAUUGGUGGACCGAUAUUUUAUAUAUAAACAAUAUCGUCCCUAAUUAUCACGGAAGUGUCUGUUUAGGCCAAACUUGGUAUUUAGCUAACGACAUGCAAUUUUUCAUAUUCACCCCAAUUCUUCUUUAUAUUUACAAUAGAUUCCACAAGUCAAUUCUUUGGGUUUUAGUAUUGUUUUUAAAUCUAUUAUCCAUUUUGACUUCAGGACUCAUAGCAAACCACUAUUCACUCAAUGCGAUGCCAUCAGCGCUUCCUAAUGGGACAAACUACUUCAGAUACUAUUAUACAAAGCCAUAUAAUAGAUGUGGUCCAUAUGCUUUAGGAGUCUUAUCUGGGCUUAUUGUUUACUCAUAUAGGAAAUUCCAAGAUAAAAAUAUCGUUUAUGACUCUUAUGCAAUCUGGGUCGGAAAAAUGCUGGAAAAUCGCUAUGUGAGAUAUAUCUUUUUAUAAUAGUAAAAACAUUUUGUUUUUAUAAUAAAAUUGAUAUUAAUAUUUAUUAUUAAUAAUAAGUAUAUACAAUUGCAUUUUUAGGGAUGGCGCUAAUAAACGUCAAUUUAUUUGUCCCUUAUGAUACUUAUAAGCACCCAGGAGAUACGAUGAAUUAUCCACAUUGGACUCAUGAUGAAAAUGUAGCUUAUAUAGCUUUCAAUAAAGUCACUUUUGGGCUAGGGCUUACCUUUGUGUUACUCCCAGCGUUAUUAGGGCAUUUUCCCUGGAUGACCUGAAUACUUUCGUGGGAGAUCUGGACUCCAUUGGCAAGAAUGACUUACUGCGUUUAUUUAAUUCAUUAUAAUAUACUCGAUAUUGCGUACAGAAGCCAAAAAGUUGCGACUAUCCUGGAUGAAUUUACUUUAAUAAGAGAUUCAAUAUUUUUCUUUGUUUUAGCUCACAUUUUGGCACUACCUUUUAUUCUCUUAAUAGAGAUGCCAGGAUUAGCAAUAGAAAAAUUGGCUUUUUCAAAAGUUAGGGCAAAAGCUGCUAUUAAAGAGCAAGAGAAGUCUAUCAUUCUCCAGCCUCUAACUAAAGAAUAA